UGUCCACUACAAAGGAAGAAAGAAAAGUAAUCUUGUACUUCAGACUGGUUUUUGAAUAUCUUUCUAAUACAGUGGUGUUCCAGAAGAUGAUAAAGAAAUGAUAGCAGCUCCAGAAAUACCAACUGAUUUUACUCUCCUUCAGGAGUCUGAAACACACUUCUCUUCUGAUACAGACUUUGAGGAUAUUGAAGGAAAAAACCAAAAACAAGGCAAAGGAAAAACUUGUAAAAAAGGAAAAAAAGGACCAGCAGAGAAGGGGAAAAGUGGAAACGGAGGAGGGAAACCUGGUGGUCCAAAUCGGAUGAAUGGACAUCACCAACAGAAUGGUGUGGAAAACAUGAUGCUGUUUGAGGUAGUUAAAAUGGGCAAGAGUGCUAUGCAGUCUGUAGUGGAUGACUGGAUAGAGUCAUACAAACAUGACAGAGAUAUAGCACUUCUUGAUCUCAUUAACUUCUUUAUUCAGUGUUCAGUCUGCAAAGGAGUUGUUACAGCAGAGAUGUUCCGACAUAUGCAGAAUUCUGAAAUAAUCCGAAAAAUGACUGAAGAAUUUGAUGAGGAUAGUGGAGAUUAUCCGCUAACUAUGGCUGGUCCCCAGUGGAAGAAGUUCAAAUCCAGUUUUUGUGAGUUCAUUGGAGUACUCGUCCGACAAUGUCAAUAUAGCAUCAUAUAUGAUGAAUAUAUGAUGGAUACUGUCAUUUCACUGCUUACGGGGCUGUCAGACUCACAAGUCAGAGCAUUUCGGCACACUAGCACACUGGCAGCCAUGAAGCUGAUGACUGCUUUAGUGAAUGUGGCAUUAAAUCUUAGUAUUAACAUGGACAAUACACAACGGCAGUAUGAAGCAGAACGAAAUAAAAUAAUUGGGAAACGAGCUAAUGAUAGGCUGGAACUCUUACUACAGAAAAGAAAGGAGCUUCAGGAAAAUCAGGAUGAAAUAGAAAACAUGAUGAAUGCAAUAUUUAAAGGUGUUUUUGUGCAUAGAUACCGAGAUGCAAUUGCUGAAAUAAGAGCUAUCUGUAUUGAAGAGAUUGGAAUAUGGAUGAAGAUGUACAGUGACGCCUUUCUAAAUGACAGCUACCUAAAAUACGUAGGGUGGACUAUGCAUGAUAAGCAAGGGGAAGUAAGACUCAAAUGCCUAACUGCUUUGCAAGGGCUUUACUAUAAUAAAGAGCUUAAUUCCAAAUUGGAACUCUUCACCAGUCGGUUCAAGGAUAGAAUUGUGUCUAUGACUCUUGACAAAGAAUAUGAUGUUGCAGUCCAAGCAAUAAAAUUACUCACUCUUGUUUUACAGAGUAGUGAAGAAGUUCUGACUGCAGAAGACUGUGAAAAUGUCUACCAUCUGGUUUAUUCAGCUCAUCGGCCAGUAGCAGUUGCCGCAGGGGAAUUUCUUUAUAAAAAGCUUUUCAGCCGCAGAGAUCCUGAAGACGAUGGAAUACUUAAAAGGAGGGGAAGACAAAGUCCGAAUGCUAAUCUUGUGAAGACAUUAGUGUUUUUCUUUUUGGAAAGUGAAUUGCAUGAACAUGCUGCUUAUCUUGUGGACAGCAUGUGGGACUGUGCAACAGACCUCUUGAAGGACUGGGAAUGUAUGAACAGUCUUCUGUUGGAGGAGCCUCUCAAUGGAGAAGAACCUUUAACGGAUAGACAGGAAAGCGCACUGAUUGAAAUAAUGCUUUGUACAAUUCGGCAAGCAGCUGAAUGUCAUCCUCCUGUGGGAAGAGGAACAGGGAAAAGGGUGCUGACAGCAAAGGAAAAGAAAACCCAGCUGGAUGACAGGACAAAAAUUACUGAACUUUUUGCAGUGGCACUUCCUCAGUUGCUAGCAAAGUAUUCUGUAGAUGCAGAAAAAGUCACCAACUUAUUGCAGUUGCCACAGUACUUUGAUUUGGAAAUUUAUACAACAGGGCGAUUAGAAAAGCAUUUGGAUGCCUUACUGAGACAAAUCCGGGAUAUUGUGGAGAAGCACACAGAUAUAGAUGUUUUGGAAGCCUGUUCAAAAACAUACCACGCUCUCUGUAAUGAAGAAUUCACAAUCUUUAACAGGGUUGACAUUGCAAGAAGUCAGUUAAUAGAUGAAUUGGCAGACAAGUUUAAUCGACUUCUUGAAGACUUCCUGCAAGAGGGGGAGGAACCUGAUGAAGAUGAUGCAUAUCAAGUCUUGUCAACACUGAAGAGAAUCACAGCUUUUCACAAUGCUCACGACCUAUCAAGAUGGGACUUGUUUGGCUGCAACUACAAGUUACUGAAAACUGGCAUUGAAAAUGGAGACAUGCCAGAACAGAUUGUUAUUCAUGCACUGCAGUGUACUCAUUAUGUAAUCCUUUGGCAGCUAGCAAAAAUUACUGAAAGCAGUUCCACAAAGGAGGAUCUUCUACGUCUAAAGAAGCAGAUGAGAGUAUUCUGUCAAAUCUGUCAACACUACCUGACCAAUGUAAACACUGCUGUUAAGGAACAGGCUUUCACAAUUCUGUGUGAUGUGUUGAUGAUCUUCAGUCAUCAGAUUAUGACAGGAGGACGUGACAUGUUGGAGCCACUUGUUUACACUCCUGAUUCUUCAUUGCAAUCUGAACUACUCAGUUUUAUUUUAGAUCAUGUCUUCAUUGAUCAGGAUGAUGAUAAUAAUAGUGCAGAUGGACAGCAGGAUGAUGAAGCUAGCAAAAUUGAAGCAUUGCACAAAAGAAGAAAUCUACUUGCAGCUUUCUGUAAACUCAUUGUAUAUACUGUGGUGGAAAUGAAUACAGCUGCAGACAUUUUCAAGCAAUAUAUGAAGUAUUACAAUGACUAUGGUGAUAUUAUUAAAGAAACGAUGAGUAAAACAAGACAGAUAGACAAAAUCCAGUGUGCUAAAACGCUUAUUCUUAGCUUGCAGCAGCUUUUCAAUGAAAUGAUUCAAGAAAAUGGUUAUAAUUUUGACAGAUCAUCACCGACAUUCAGUGGCAUAAAGGAACUUGCUCGACGUUUUGCUUUAACGUUUGGACUGGAUCAGUUGAAAACAAGAGAAGCUAUUGCGAUGUUACACAAGGAUGGCAUAGAAUUUGCUUUUAAGGAGCCUAAUCCGCAAGGUGAGAGCCACCCACCAUUAAAUUUGGCGUUUCUUGAUAUUCUGAGUGAGUUCUCCUCCAAACUUCUCAGACAAGAUAAAAGAACAGUGUAUGUUUACUUGGAGAAGUUUAUGACCUUUCAGAUGUCUCUACGAAGAGAAGAUGUGUGGCUUCCUCUCAUGUCCUACAGAAACUCUUUAUUAGCUGGUGGGGAUGAUGAUACUAUGUCAGUGAUUAGUGGAAUUAGUAGUCGAGGAUCUACAGUAAGAAAUAAGAAGACAAAGCCAGCAACAGGGAAACGGAAAGUACCUGAAGCUGAAGAAAGCAGCAGUAGUGACAGUAUGUGGUUGAACAGGGAGCAGACAAUGCACACACCAGUCAUGAUGCAGACACCUCAGCUUACUUCUACAAUAAUGAGGGAGCCCAAGAGAUUGCGACCUGAAGAAAGUUAUAUGGGUGUCUAUCCUAUGCAGCCUGAACACCACCAAGCUCCACUCGAUUACAACACGCAAGUAACGUGGAUGUUGGCUCAAAGGCAACAGGAAGAAGCCGCGCGACAACAACAGGAGAGGGCAGCGAUGAACUACGUCAAGCUGAGAACCAACUUGCAACACGCUAUUCGACGUGGCACAAGUCUAAUGGAAGAUGAUGAAGAGCCAAUUGUUGAAGAUGUGAUGAUGUCAUCAGAAGGGCGGAUUGAAGAUCUCAAUGAAGGCAUGGAUUUUGACACCAUGGACAUAGACCUACCACCAUCAAAGAACAGGAGAGAAAGAAUGGAACUAAAACCAGAUUUCUUUGACCCCGCUUCAAUCAUGGAUGAAUCGUUUUAGGUCCAAAACAUCCGAAGUCUGUAGUUUCUGCUUGCAGUUGCCCUUUUUUCCGACUUGAUAAAUCUGCAGUCUCUAUUCUCUUUUAAAAAUCUGCAUGAGGGAUUCCUUCUGUCUUGAACCACUUGUAAUGUAUGCAGCCAUUUUUGACCUUGUGUAGCUGGUACAAAAUUACACUGGAAAUAACAAGCUGCAGCAAGCCAGCAGAGGACAGUGCAACAAGGCUUCCUGGGAAUCUUGGACAGCUUGGUGGAAUUUGGAAGACGGUUAUGUAUUUUUUUACAGUAUCGUUGCAGCGUGAACCUGUUCUUGUUAUGGGAGAAAGAAGUCUGAAAUACUGUUUUAAAUGGAAAUCCAUAUAUUUUGUACCAGUAGGCCUUUGCUUUAGUAGUAAUGAAUCAGAUUAGGUUGUGCAUCUAGCUGUUGUGUGUUCUGUUCUUGAAGUAACAUCAAGAAAGUAUAUCACCUGUUUUCUGACGUUCUGUUUUAAAAUAGUUCUUCCUCUCCCCUUCUCGAUUUUUGAUCGAUCUGUGAAAUACCAGUCCUUUUUUAUUCUGACAAUGCUGAAAAUUUGGUCUUCUACAGGUGCAUUUCAUUGAUUUCAGAAACCUUUCAGCUUUUCAGUUUCUAAAACUAAUUAAGAAUAGUUUUAAUAGGUUUACAGUUAGCUAGGUUUCUUUCCUAUUACUUUAUUUCUCAUUCAUCAUCCCCUGUGAGCCCAGGAUUUGCUGGGCACUCCUUAGCUGCAUUGUGGGAGUAUCACCACAUGAUGGCAGCCGGUUACAGUCGCAUUGCUCUGCAAGCUUUUGGAGCCUGUUCCGAGAGCGUAGCGGUGGCCUGCCUCAGUGUGCCAGCACAACAAGCUGGAUGCUGCUCCUCUGCAAGGAGGGAGCAGUGGUGCACUGAAAUGAGUUGGUACGGUCAAGGGGGCACCAUCUAGCAAACCUUCCUCCCGGGCAGGACGCGGCAAGGGUGGUGAUCCUGGAAGCAGGACUGGAGAAAACAGCUGCAUCGCAGAACCCAGCUGCUCUUUAGCAUAAACCCCACCUAAACGAAUUUAACUGCCUAAGUGGGGAAAGCUCUGCUAAUAGUUCAGGAGACAACCCCUAUUAAAUCAGAGCUGAAUUUCUCUGUCAGUAUUUUAAAUGUAAAAAACCCAAUUUCAUAAAUGCAAAAAACCUUCUCUGAAUAAAGUUAAUUUACUUUAUUCAUAUAUUUAUUUCAGAGGUCCAUUAUGAUUGGAGUUGUUGCACUUGUUUUUAAUAGACCUAGACAUAAUAAAGCUGUUUAAUUUAUUCAGAUGCACAUGGUUUAUGAUCAAAAUUUUAGUCUGUCUUCUCAUUUUUUGAUGUGUCCAGUUAUUGCUGGCACCAGAGGCAGUUGUGUCUUAGCGUGCUAUAUUGUAUGAUGCAUCUAAAGUGAAUUUAAUACCAAGAACAGUAAAAAUUGGUUUGUAAACAGAUAAAUGUGAACAGCAGUGUUAAGGUUCAGGAAAAUUAACUCUCUCAUGGCUCUUUCUUAUUUUAUAAAGUCCUAUAAAAGCUAGGACAGUCAAAAGAUCUGGAUCUUCUGAGGUUUUGGCAUAUCAGUGGUGAUACCUACUUCCAUUGGCAUAGAAAGCUAUAUAUGGCUUGCUCCCACAUGGGAAGUGGAAACUGAUUCUUCGUUUCAGGAAAGCUUUUUCUUCACUUAAUCACACAGUCUCCUGAAGGACAGUAUUUUGAUUUUACUUGAUUAUUGUUUGAUUUUUUUCGCUGUCUUCCUGACAGAGUUGAGAUAUUUAAUAGGAAAUACUAAGUUUGUGUCCUGGCUGGCUGCUGCGAGAUGACCUGUUGUUUUUAUGAACACAGACGCAGCAGCAGUGAGCAUAUAGAGUGUUUUGUCCCAGGCUUAGUUGCUGGAAACUACACACUUGAUUUCAAGUUAAGGCCUAUAGAAUGCCAUUGUCAAAGAAGUCUCAGUUAGGCAACUGACUAAAAAUUAUUUUGCAGUUAUUACCUAAAAUAAUUAAAGCACAGUCUUUAUCACAUUCCUACUGGAUCUAGUUAAUGUCAAGUGUGGGAAAGAUAUUUUCUAAUGCUGAGGUGCCCUUUUCAUAUUAUUACAUAAAUCAAAGUGUGGUGAAUCUGGUUUGGAAGAAAAAUAAACUUAUAAUGCCUUAACAUAUCUUGAAGUGUCUUAAUCUUAAAUCAUAUACUAAUUGCUUUGUUUUUGUUAAAUGUGUAGUAGACUACAAAUUGACACCAUUUCUAACUUU